UGCUGCGUAGAUUUCGUGUCCGAGUUGGACAAGAACGGGGGAGGGAGCGAGGGAGCGGAGGUCCGGUUGAAAACAUGGCUGAGGAUAAAAAAGCCUUUGUUAAUCAGUUAAGUAAAUUGAUGGCAGAGUCUGAAGGGCUUACCUUGAAGGAUCUGCUGUUCUCUUACCAAGGGACCCUGUAUCCGGUCAUAUGCAGUAUGGAAAUGUUCCAAACCCUGGAGAACCUGGAAGCCAGAAGAGAUGAUAUGGUGCUGGUGUCCUACCCCAAAUGCGGUGUGAACGGGCUUAUCCAGAUUUUAAGUGACUUGAUAUUUACAACUAUCCAGAGUAAACCUGGAAGCACAGAACUAGCAUUUAUUGAAUAUGGAGAUCGAGAUAAAUAUCAGAGGAUGAAGCAGAUUCCAUCUCCAAGGAUUUUGACAACACAUCUGAAUUAUGAUUGCCUCCCCACGUUUAUGUUCAAGAACAAAGCCCAGAUACUAGUGCUGUUUCAAAACUCAACAGCUGUUUCAUUUUUCCAUUUUCACAACGAUGUGCCAGACUUCCCCAGCUGCAGCUCCUGGGUUGAGUUCUUCUUGGAGUUCAUGAAUGGGAAAGUUGGUUGGGGAUCGUAUUUUGAUUGUGCUGUCACCUGGAGCAAACACUCUGAGGAUGAGAGUACUAUGGUCAUAAUAUAUGAAGACCUGAAAGAGACAAAGCAGAUGCUCUGAAUGUUUGGGUUCUCCCCAACAGCAGAGCAGAUCCAGUCCACUGCAGACAGGGCUGUUUUCCAGGCAGUGAAGGAUGAGGCUCAGGAUACUCGUGGUGCUGUUGGCUCAAUUCUUUUCCACAAAGGUGUUGUUGGAGACUGGAAAAAUCCUUUCAUUGAAGCUCAGAACCAGGAACUGGAUACCAAAUUCAAAGUGUGCUUAGAAGGAACUAAGCUGGGAGCAAAGUUAGAAUAUGAUAUGUGCUGA